AUGUUACCAACUCGCAUUUUACCUCGACCAAUAUCCUUAUGUAGCCCUCUGCUACAAACAUUGAGAUCAAUUACAACCUAUCCCGAGACACGACCUGCUCGAAUUAGACCUAAACAGGUACUCGAACAGGAAGGUCUUGGGGAUGUCAUGAUCCCUGGUCAGUAUCUCCGAUUCUUCAAACCAAAAAAGAUUAGAUCCCGUCCAACAGAAGCAGGACCUUCUACUGGAAAUAUCGAUCAGAUCUACACCCAAAGUGCCCGCCCUUUAGCAGCAAAUGAAUUUGAUAGCACACCGACAAUUGCUCAGGAACGCAUGGCUGAUCGUAUCCAUCGUGCAAUCAUCACCAUGUAUUCUGCGGAAUCACUACCUUCACUCAUUACUACAAACAGUUUGAUCAUUCAAUCGGUUAAAGUAUCUCGCAAUCAACGUAAAUGUCAUGUUUACUAUGAUCCAAUCUCAACUGUCAAAUCUGAAAGGGGAAAUGUACACAGAGCUUUACAAAAACAUGCAAACUUAUUGAAUUUACUGGCUCGAUCUUAUGCUCAGUUGCGGAGGCCAAUGUCCAUCAAAUUUGUACCAGAUAGACAAACCAAAGAACUAGAAGAUAUAUUUAACAAACUGUCCGCAGAAUUAGAACCAGAGAAAUAA